AUGGCAAGUGACGGUCCUCCAGUACACGACGCAAAGGUCCAUCCAGCUCCCCCACCUCCACCCAGUUAUGAAUUCAACACUCAGUAUUCGGAACCUAUUUCAGGGGGUGCAGUUGUUGUCACCCAGCAACCUAUGCUUGUGAUUUCCAACUUCAAUACUGCGAGUCCUGUACAGUGUCAAUGCAUGUACUGCAGAAAUUACAUUGUAACAAACGUGAGAUACGAAGUUGGGUUGAUCACUUGGUUUGCUGCAGGAUUUAUCUGCUUGAUUGGAUGUGGAAUAUUUGCUUGGAUUCCUUGUCUCAUCAACGACAUGAAAAAUGUUGUUCACACUUGUCCCAACUGCGGAAAAGUGAAUGGUAUCUACAACAGGGGUCUAUAA